GAUUUUCUAGUGUUGCCAAGCUAUGAUGAUAUCUGACUGAAAACAUUGCUGCCUUUAGUUGAGUAUAUUUUGCAAUACUCAUUUUGGAACUUUUACAGCUUCGGGAAGAUGGUCACUUGCUUUCACAAUGCAUCCAUUGAUGUUCAGUCAGUAUGCCUUCCUCCCUCAAAACUGGAUUUCGUUGCCUUCCUCACUCAGUAUGUGUUGUCAUUUGGAGUCGAGAGCUGUGGUACGAUAAUAACUUAUUCUCCACAUUAUGAAUUGAUCUAUGGGAUCUUAGGUGGCCAAAAAAGCAUAGUUGCAUUUGCGAAGAUAACUUUCAAGAAGCCUCACAUAUUGCUUCUUGAUGAGCCAUCAGAUCACUUGGAUCUGGACGCUGUGGAGGCCCUGAUACAAGGUCUUGUCUUGUUCCAAGGAGGCGUACUGAUGGUAGUGUUGAUCAACUCUGGACCGUCUCUGUGGGCAGGGUGACCCCUUUCGACGGGACAUUCCAUGAUUACAAGAAACUACUGCAAUUAUCAUAAACAGUUAUAACAAAGGUUGAUUAUUUCUGAAGUGGACGCACUAUUAUUAGUUACUUCAUGGCCUAGGACCCCUACUGUAUAUGCAUGAAAAUGACAAUUUAACAGUAGGCAACAGAUGGAGGCAGAAAAGCAGCGAUGCAUUUAAGUUUUUCACACAAUCUUCAUUUUGUCGUUUUGAUAGAAGUGAUCAUAGUUGUCAUUUGUCCAUGUGAAUGUUUUAAUCGUUUUAUUUUUCCUUUUAUAAAACCAAAGACAUUUGUCAUGAUUUGAUCUUGUGUAUUUAUCGAUUAAAACGUGUCAUGAUUAAUUAAAAUGCCUACAUGACAUGGCAAUUAAGGGGUUUUAUGGAAAACAUAUAU